AUGCAUCUCAUCCUACCUCCAUCCGCUGCACCUGUGGCUACAUCUGCACCUGCUGUGGCAGACUGGACUGACCCUUUAUCUCGUCCUUUUGGAAAUCCAAAUAACAUGGCCGAGCAAGCUCACUCCACCGGUCAAACUCACAGUCAGACGAAUGAACUUCCUCGUGGACAGGGACUUUUUGGUCCCGUCCCUAAUUCAAACUUGGAUUCGGCAAUUGGCAGCGGGGAAGGCUCUCGGAUGACAUCUGCCCCCCGAGAAGGACUUUUCGGCAGUACUAGCUCAUUCGGUGCGCCGCCUGAAGGCGCACGGCCAUCUCCUUUCUCUGGUAGAGCGGGCACCUUCUUUCGUGGCAAUUCACCAACACCGACAGUUGUCAACACGACCCCAGACACUUUCCAAAACUUUGGCCCUGUACACUCUUUCACGAACCGGUUUAGCAACCUUCGUUCAGAAUCCAGCUCGUCAACUUCGACGGGGCUCAAUGCGGGGACCACAGACGGUUCUCGUAUUCACUCCUGUAGACCGUGUCAAACUGGCUCAGAAACUCCCUUAGGAUCUUCGACAGGUGAUAUGGACCACCAGCUUCAAAUCUUUCGUCUACAGGUUGAAGAGGUCCACCAGCAGAUGGAUAGACAUUUUAUCCCGUCGGCUGAGACUCUAGCUAAUCUACGCCUACUUCAAUCCGAAAUCAUUCACGACGCCCGACGCAACCCUCCGUCUGUGAGUCCGGUAGUCUUGAACAGGGAGCUUGAAUUUCUGGAUGGACGCAUCUCUCUCCUUUUUGAACGCCAUGAGAACUGGUCACGCGGCAUUCUGUCUCUGUCUACUUCCUUGAAUGGUCAAUCAAAUAUUACGAGCGAAUUCCCUCGCGUGUAUCUUGCCAGAUCGCCGGAAGGAAACCAGAGUCUUGUGGUAUCGCUAGGGACUACAGCGCCAGCUUUGAGCGUGGGUCAUUCCGCACUUCCGCCGUUGGAUCCUACCCGUACCGUACCCUUCACUGGGCCAAAUGUUGCGCCCGGAGGAGGAGGAGAAGCCCGACCAAAUGAAGCUCACGUUCAAAACGUCGUGCACCAAGCAGUCAUCAAUCAACAGCGUCGUCAGAAUGAGGCAGCAAACGGUGGUGCCGGGGGACAUAUUCGUCGCAUCUGGCUAUUCGUCCGCCUUUAUUUCUUCAUUUACAUGAUCAGUGAAUCUGGCACCUGGACUCGCAUUAUCUUUGUUACUGCCGCGGUCCUCAUCUCUCUUUUGUCGGACUCUGAGCUCCCCCACCAGGCGCUUAGGUUGCUGGUCAAUCCAAUGCAACGCCAUCUUGAACGACUUGCGGUUGUUGAUGAGCCUACUGAGCAGCCUCGUCCUCGGGCCGUCAUAGGCGAUGUUAUGGACUACAUUUGGCGUGCUGAGCGCUCAAUAGUUCUUCUUCUUGCCAGCUUGGUUCCAGGAAUUGGCGAACGUCAAGUCCAAGCUCGCAGUACUGCUGAGGCCGAAGCUGAGCAGCGGCGGGUAGAAGAAGAGCGUCGGCAGUCGGAUGAGCAGAAUGUUCAGCAGUCAGAGGGCCAAAAUGCACCCGGAGGUCAACAGGAGCAGGAGCAGGGUCAGGUCCAGGAGCAAUCUCAUGCUCGACCUCAGGUGGCCGCUGAAAACCAACCUCGAGCUACUCUGCCUUAG